GGAGGCGUGGCCCCAAGGCCGGAAGCGGCGCUGCGCUUUCCCAUUCCCUUAGCGUUGCUUCCGGUGCCGCCGCCGCCGCCCGCGGGAUGUAGCGGCCGUGCGGCGGCAGAAGGACGCGGAGGGACCUUCACCGGCUGCCUCGGAGCCGCACGCACCCGCCGCGCCGAUGGCGUCCCGCAAGUCUCCUGCCGGGGCGGGCAGCGGGCUGGCGGCCGCCGGCCGGGACCGGGAGCGGGAACGGGCGCACCUUGAGCUCGCCGAGCUGGGGCCGCUCCUGGAGGAGAAGGGGGACCAAGGACCCACCGGCGCGGCCAGCGCCGAGGACCCGCCAUGCCCAGCGGCCCGCGAGGAGGAGGAGGAGGUGGUGCGAGUGCUGACCCUGCCUCUACAGGCUCACCAUGCCAUGGAGAAGAUGGAAGAGUUUGUGUACAAGGUGUGGGAAGGACGCUGGCGCGUGAUCCCAUACGACGUCCUGCCUGACUGGCUCAAGGACAACGAUUACCUCCUGCACGGACACCGGCCCCCCAUGCCCUCCUUCCGCGCCUGCUUCCGGAGCAUCUUCCGGAUACACACUGAGACAGGCAACAUCUGGACACACCUGCUGGGGUUUGUUCUGUUCCUCUGUCUGGGGAUCCUGACCAUGUUGCGGCCCAACAUGUACUUUAUGGCUCCUCUCCAAGAGAAGGUGGUGUUUGGGAUGUUCUUCCUGGGAGCAGUGCUGUGCCUCAGCUUCUCCUGGCUUUUCCACACUGUCUACUGUCACUCGGAGAAGGUCUCACGGACUUUCUCGAAGUUGGAUUAUUCAGGAAUUGCACUGCUGAUCAUGGGGAGCUUCGUCCCGUGGCUCUACUACUCCUUCUACUGCUCUCCACAGCCAAGACUCAUCUACCUCUCCAUCGUCUGUGUCUUGGGUAUCUCUGCCAUCAUUGUGGCACAGUGGGACCGAUUUGCCACCCCCAAGCACAGGCAGACCAGAGCAGGCGUGUUCCUGGGGCUGGGACUGAGCGGGGUUGUGCCCACGAUGCACUUCACCAUCGCCGAGGGCUUUGUGAAGGCCACCACGGUGGGGCAGAUGGGCUGGUUCUUCCUCAUGGCUGUGAUGUACAUCACGGGCGCUGGGCUCUAUGCUGCCCGCAUCCCUGAGCGCUUCUUCCCGGGCAAGUUCGACAUCUGGUUCCAGUCUCAUCAGAUCUUCCACGUGCUGGUGGUGGCUGCAGCCUUUGUCCACUUCUAUGGGGUGUCCAACCUGCAGGAAUUCCGCUAUGGCCUGGAAGGAGGGUGCACAGAUGACUCCCUCCUCUGAGAGCGCCUGGUUUUAGUACAAGCUUCCUAAGUGCUUUUUAAACUUUUGUCUUUGCUAAAAUCAAAGGAAGACUCAAAACUAUUUGGGGUUGUUGGUUUGUUUUUUUUUUUUAAGAAACAAAA